CCCGCUGCCAUAAAAAUGCUUCGAAAAAAUGCUUCCUCGAAAAAGAAAAAGAAGUAUUUAGAAGAGGCCAGGCUUAUGAAUCACUUCCGACAUAAACAUGUGCUAAAAUUGCUUGCCGUCUGCUUAGAUGAAGAUUCUCCAUUAAUCGUGUUGGAAUUAAUGGAAGUUGGUGAUUUACUACAAUAUUUGGGAGAUAGUCGAAAAUUGGAACCAUCAGAUUCGCACGCUCUGCGUCUGCAAGAUUUGUUCGCUAUGUGCAAAGAUGUUGUACGAGGCUGUUGCUAUCUGGAACAUCUGCGUUUCAUUCAUAGAGAUCUCGCGUGUCGAAAUUGCUUAGUAUCCGUGAGAGAUUGCAAGAACCGUGUCAUUAAAAUUGGCGAUUUUGGACUAGCUAGAGAUGUUUACAAGGAUGACUAUUAUCGCGUGAAAGGACAAGGUCUUUUUCCUGUUUGCUGGAUGGCACCGGAAUCUUUGGUGAUCGAUAUAUUUACUUCCCAGAGCGACGUUUGGUCAUUCGGGGUUCUAAUGUGGGAAAUUACAUCGUUGGGUGAGCAUUCCUACACUGGCAGGACUAAUCUGGAAGUGAUAGAUUAUGUACGUGCUGGAGGCAGGAUGCCGACGCCUCUCAAUUGUCCACCGACUUUGUACGAGUUGAUGCUGUGUUGCUGGAGUCCAGCGAAUGAUAGACCGAAUUUCAAACUUUGUCUCAAAAAUAUUAUAGCUCUAAGAAAUAACAUAAAAGAUACCUUACUGAGUCCAGUGGAUAUUAUCUAG